CACACACACACGAUUAGGAAGUUGAGGGAAUCCUACUGUUAUCACUUGGUGACAGAGAUUGGCAAACCUGAUCCAAUCUUACAAGAAAUAUAGUCUCCAUAACAAAGUAACCUGAACAACUUCUAAAAAAAUAGGUCAGACAAGACUAAAUUGAAAAAAAUAACGGUUGCCAGUCAAAAAUUGAAAAAACAAAACAAAACCAACUUGGUAUUUUCUGGUACUGUUUACUUUCUAGUUCUAAUCAUGGCAGCCUGUCAGCUGAAUUUCCUGACAACUAACUUUCCCAUGUUACCUCCUAAAUCAUUAUAGGAAACAAUUUUUUUUGUUUCCUUCCUAGGUAGGAUCAACACCCAAUUUUAGCUCAGAACUAAAGCUAUUCUGUGGGGAAGUGAGGUAAAAUAGUUAGAUGAAGUCUGUACCAAAAGGAGUUUCUACCACAUGCACGUAGAAGUGAGACUGCACUGAUACUGUAUUGAAGUGACAUUAUAGUGCAAAUCACUUGUCAGCACUGGGUGCCGUAUGUUUUCUUUCCUUGAAGACCACUCAUUACUUAAGUUAGACAGAUGCUCUGUUUAAAUCCUAAGGCCUGAUACAAAAAUCUGUGUUUUUAUAAAUCCUAGGGUCUGUUACAAAAAUCUGUAUUCUUAAUUGCUAAUAUCGAAUACAAGAAAAAUGAAAAAAACCAUAAAAUAAUUUUAAAAAAAUAAAAAGACUUCUCAAAGUCCUUUGUCUUAACUUGCGAUCUAUACUCAAAGAGCAAUGUAAAACUUUAAGCAAACGCAAAAUGCAUCUGAUAGCUCACUUAGGACCAUGAAUGGAUAGAAGAAAUAAGCAUAAAUAGCUAGUUUCCAGCAUCCACAUUUGCAGUGUUGGAUGAGGAGUUCUGGUUUGCAUGGGGCUCUUGUUUUGUAAAUGUUCCUUUGUGCUGGAGGAACGUAGAGCUGUAGCAAGAGUUCCUGUUUCAUAACUCGCCUGUGUCCAUCAUCAGCGUGUAGAACAUCAGGUUUAAAGCAAACCACUGGGACAGCCUGCUUCGGGCACACUCUGCUUCAUUCUUGGGUACCCGAGCAGAAUCAGGAGUGGUGGAUGGAGUUCUUCCAGCAGGGUCAUUAUCCACACGGCUGUGUUCUCAAGGCUAAGUCCUUUGAAACCGAUCACAGCAGGAUGCUUGUAGCCUGUGGUCCAUAAAUGUAUGGAAAUGACUUACAAACCAUCAGCGGAGAAGGAAUUGGUCCAUCUGAAGAGGAGUGAAAAGAAGAAAGUCAGAUGAAUAAACAGAUGGAGCUGCAGCAAGGGAACGGAAUGGAGGAUGAUGAGGAAGAAGAGAUUAAAACCAGAUCUCAACCCCAAAGCGCCAUGAAGGACCGGCUGGCAGAACUGGUGGAGUUGUCCCAAAACUACGAUCAACAGCUCGCAGAUGGGGACGAUGACCGGGACCCGCCGGGCGAGCACGUCAUGUUCGAGACAGACCACCUCCUGGAGUCCUUGUACCGCGACAUCCGGGACAUCCAGGUGGAAAACCAACUGCUGGUGGCCGACGUGAAGCGCCUGGGGAAGCAGAACGCGCGCUUCCUCACGUCCAUGCGGCGCCUGAGCAGCAUCAAGCGCGACACCAACUCCAUCGCCAAGGCCAUCAAGGCGCGGGGCGAGGGCAUCCACCGCCGGCUGCGCGCCAUGCACGAGCGCGCCCAGGAGGCCGAGGCCCGGCACGGCGCGCACUCCACGCUGGCGCGCAUCUGGCGCGCGCAGCACGGCGCGCUCUCGCGCACCUUCCAGCGCGCCAUGCACGAGUACAACCAGGCGGAGAUGAAGCAGCGCGACAACUGCAAGCUCCGCAUCCAGCGGCAGCUGGAGAUCAUGGGCAAGGACGUGUCGGGAGAGCAGAUCGAGGCCAUGUGCGAGCAGGGCAAGUGGGACGUGUUCUCCGAGAACCUGCUGGCCGACGUGAAGGGCGCCCGCGCCGCGCUCAACGAGAUCGAGACCCGCCACCGCGAGCUGCUGCGCCUGGAGAGCCGCAUCCGCGACGUGCACGAGCUCUUCCUGCAGAUGGCCGUGCUGGUGGAGAAGCAGGCCGACACGCUGGACGUCAUCGAGCUCAACGUGCAGAAGACCGUCGACUACACCGGCGAGGCCAAGGUGCAGGUGGGCAAGGCCGUGCAGUACCGGAAGAAGAACCCCUGCCGGGCCAUCUGCUGCUUCUGCUGCCCCUGCAUCCACUAGCCGCUGCCACCACCGUCCCCACCUCCCCCCCCCCCAUCGCCAGGCAGCGGGACCCCCCACUGGGCCUCUUUAUAGAACUCAGGCAACCCGGCCU